UGAGUUCCUUGAUUGUAUAUCACACCAACCUGUCAAACAGAUCUGUCAAGAUCGAUCAAUCACGAUCCCGAUGGGUUUGGACACAAUCAAUCUUGGCUUUCCCGUCUAGUAGAAAUCCAUUCGUAUACUCCAAAGUACUCAACAAUGAUUCAUGUUAUCCGACCUCACAGCUCAUCCUCAUUGAACCAUAUAUUCUCCUCGACCCACUCCCACCCAUCGAACUCUCGGAUUCGGUCAGCUGACAGUCGAUCUGCACUCCCAGAUCGUGGGACCCAGGGCCAAUCUUAAUCAUGUCCGGAAAUAGUGCCAGGAGGGGGGGAGGAGACGCGAUGCAUCAAUUCGACUAAAGCUACCAUGCCAUCUUGGACGGAGCCCGUAAUAGGAGACAACACAACAAUAGCAACAACACAAUGAUCCAGCUCAGGUCAGAGCUGGGACCUCCUCAGCUCGCUGCCGUCCUUGUGGCUGGCUCUCUGUUCUUCCCGUCCAUUCGGCGAAUAAUAAUCAGCAAUGGAACCCCCCUCUUUACCUACCUCGUGAGCGGCGCGGAUCGACAGACCUGCGUCCGCCACGGACCCGGCUAACGAGGAGAAGGCUGCUCUCAGCGUUGGAACUUGAAACUCGAGAGAGACACGAAAGGAUACGGAUGAUCGGGGACCGCUUUCCUUGUCCUCGUUCGAGG